GAGCAAGCGAGCGAGCCCGGGACGAGGCUCCGGAGCUGCUCGGCCGGUGCUCGCGGCGCUGCCCGCUUCCCCGCGCCCGGUGUGAGGGACUCGGGGAGGCCGGCGGCGCGCAGGGGAGGGCGAGGCAUGUGCACGGGCCGGGGGGUGCUGCAGCCGCCCGAGGAAGAGGAGGACGGCGGCGGCGGCGGCGAGGAGAGCGGGGGGCUCGCGGCGACGGGCCGCGGCCGAGGGGAUGCAGCGGACUGUGUGUGUCUGGCCGUAGCUGACGCCAGGCGGCCAGCAGGCGCCGGAGAAGCGCGGGAGGGACGAGCCCGAGGCGGCGGCGCCCGCCGCGCCAAGUAGCAGCGGCACGGACGGCGGCGGAGACGGCAGCCUGGAAAUGCAUUUUCCUCUCCAGCGGCCAUGUUAGCCAGGAAACCCUCGGCCGCCGCUCCCGCCGCCUACCCGACCGGCCGAGGAGGGGACAGCGCCGUUCGCCAGCUGCAGGCUUCGCCGGGGCUCGGGGCCGGGGCGCCCCGCAGCGGAGUGGGCACCGGCCCGCCCUCGCCCAUAGCCCUGCCACCUCUCCGCUCCAGCAACGCUGCUGCCGCAGCGCACACGAUUGGCGGCAGCAAGCACACGAUGAAUGAUCACCUCCACGUCAGCAGCCACAGCCAUGGACAGAUCCAGGUUCAGCAGCUGUUUGAGGACAACAGUAACAAGAGGACAGUGCUCACCACACAGCCGAACGGGCUGGCCCCCAUGGGCAAGGCGGGCUUGCCCGUGGUUCCCGAGCGGCAACUGGAGAGCAUCCAUCGACGACAGGGCAGCUCCACCUCCCUGAAGUCCAUGGAGGGGCUGGGGAAGGUGAAGGCCGCCCCCAUGUCCCCUGAGCAGGCCAUGAAGCAAUACAUGCAAAAACUCACCACCUUUGAACACCACGAGAUUUUCAGCUACCCUGAAAUCUACUUCUUGGGUCCAAACGCCAAGAAGCGCCAGGGCAUGACUGGCGGGCCCAACAACGGUGGCUACGACGAUGACCAGGGUUCGUAUGUGCAGGUGCCCCACGAUCACGUGGCUUACAGGUACGAGGUCCUCAAGGUCAUUGGGAAGGGCAGCUUCGGGCAGGUGGUCAAAGCCUACGACCACAAGGUCCACCAGCACGUGGCCCUGAAGAUGGUGCGGAAUGAGAAGCGCUUCCACCGGCAGGCGGCGGAAGAGAUCCGGAUCCUGGAGCACCUGCGGAAGCAGGACAAGGACAACACCAUGAACGUCAUCCACAUGCUGGAGAACUUCACCUUCCGCAACCACAUCUGCAUGACCUUUGAGCUGCUGAGCAUGAACCUGUACGAGCUCAUCAAGAAGAAUAAGUUCCAGGGCUUCAGCCUGCCUUUGGUUCGCAAGUUUGCCCACUCGAUCCUGCAGUGCUUGGAUGCUUUGCACAAAAACAGAAUCAUUCACUGUGACCUUAAGCCCGAGAACAUCUUAUUAAAGCAGCAGGGUAGAAGUGGUAUCAAAGUGAUCGAUUUCGGCUCCAGCUGCUACGAGCAUCAGCGUGUCUACACGUACAUCCAGUCCCGUUUCUACCGGGCUCCCGAAGUGAUCCUUGGUGCCAGGUACGGCAUGCCCAUCGAUAUGUGGAGCCUGGGCUGCAUUCUCGCGGAGCUCCUCACGGGGUACCCCCUCUUGCCCGGGGAAGACGAAGGGGAUCAGCUCGCCUGUAUGAUCGAGCUCUUGGGCAUGCCCUCCCAGAAACUGCUGGAUGCGUCCAAACGAGCCAAAAAUUUCGUGAGCUCCAAGGGUUAUCCCCGGUACUGCAGUGUCACGACCCUCUCGGACGGUUCUGUGGUUCUCAAUGGCGGCCGGUCCCGGAGGGGGAAACUGAGGGGCCCGCCGGAGAGCAGAGAGUGGGGGAACGCAUUGAAGGGGUGUGAUGACCCCCUUUUCCUUGACUUCUUAAAACAGUGUUUGGAAUGGGAUCCUGCAGUGCGCAUGACCCCUGGCCAGGCUUUGCGGCAUCCCUGGCUCAGGAGGCGCUUGCCAAAGCCUCCCACUGGGGAAAAGACAUCAGUGAAAAGGCUGACGGAGAGCACUGGUGCUAUCACCUCGAUUUCCAAGUUACCUCCACCUUCCAGCUCAGCUUCCAAACUGAGGACUAAUUUGGCACAGAUGACAGAUGCCAAUGGGAAUAUUCAGCAGAGGACAGUGUUGCCAAAACUUGUGAGCUGAGUUGAGUCCCCACCCCCUCGUCCAGCACACCCCCCCCCCCCCCCCAACGCUGGUAAUCUGAAAGAUACGUUGUUGCUGAGCCUUAUUGGGUUGAAAAGGAGUAGCUCAGACCUGUUUUUAUUUGCUCAAUAACUCAUUUGUAUCUUUUCAGCACUUAUUUUAAUGUCAGAAAGUUUUUCCUUUUGUUUUUAUAAAAUACAUGGGGACAAUGCUUUAAGUUUUUAUACUUUAUGAAACUGUUUGUGUUCUAAAAGUACGAUGAGCCUUACUGUAUUUAGUGUGGCAGAAUAAUAAACAUCAGUGGCAGGCCAUUGAUUACUUCAUGACUGCCACGCACUUACAGAUUGGUGUCAAAGACAUUCACUGUUUUUAUGGUUCAUAGUAUAUUCUCCCCAAGGUGAUUGCCCCCGAGGGUCCCCCUUCUCUCUCCAGACCCCACCUUCAUACACAAGUGUAGCAUGUCCUGCUUCCGCUCCCUGUAUGUCUUUGGGGUGGUAGCAA